AUGCAUUCAAGAAUUAAAAGUGAAGUUAUGCUUGAAACUCAUAAUUAGGAAUUAAAACAAUCAAAUAGUUAAAAAUUAAUGAAAUCUGAGUUAGAUACAACACAAUUUGAAUAAGUAUAAAUCUAUAAAGGGAUGAUUUUGGAAGUCAAGCCAGAUUAAACAUUCUCACCUAAUAUAUAGAGAAAUUAAUCAAGGUAUCGUUAAUCUUGGAUCAAUGAGAAGGAUUAAGAAUUUGAAGAGUAUUCAAUUUGGGAAGAUUCUGAAUAAAUACCUGUUGGAAAUAAUAAAGAAAAUAAUCUGAUAUCAUUUUUAGAGUUAUAUAAGUAUAGAUAUGAAAGAACUACAAAAAAACCAGUUUCCAGUUAUAAUGUUAUUUAAAUGGCAAAGAAGUAAUACUUAUAAAUAAUAACUAGACUUAUAAAUAGACAUAUUCACUCAAAAAUUAAAUAUUCUGGAAUAAACAAAUUAAAAUGGAUAGAUUUUAGAGAUUGGACUAAAUGA